AUGGAAAACCGCACCAUAUUCUCUUCUAAUUCAGUGGGCACUUUUGCCCAGCAGAAUGCUGCCGUAACAACCACAGCAGCACUUGUCGUUGCGUUUUUCUUGAUUGCUGUUUCAACAUUACGAAAGCCAAUUUCGCGAGUCCCCGGCCCGUGGUAUUCCAAAUGGACCGGCAUUGUUCUCAAGUAUUACUGGAUUAGGGGUCAAAAGGCCAUCUACGUGCACGCUCUACACGAGCAAUACGGUCGCAUCGUUCGCAUUAGCCCGGACGAAGUCUCGGUCUGUGACGUCAGCGCAGUCAAGACGGUCUACUCGGUGAAGGAGACUUUUCGCAAGACAACCUGGUACCUGGACUUUACUGCUGGCGUCGAAAACAUCUUUAGUACAAACGACAUCGACUUCCACCGCAAGUCGCGCCGCUUGCUCGCCAACCCCAUGGCUGACUCUGCGAUCCACGAGCUGGCCCCGCGCGUCGGCGGCCAUGUCGACUUUGCCAUUCAGCAAAUGGAGGCAGAAAGCGAGACGCGCAAGGUAGUAGACGUGUGGAAGUGGUGGCUUUUCAUGACGACGGAUAUUAUCGUCGAGUUCACCUUUGGCGAAUCGUUUCACAUGCUCCAGCGCGGCGAGGAAAAUGAUUACAGCUACUUUUUGAAAAAUUCUGGCAUCUUUGGCAUCUAUCGAUCGGUCGUGCCGUGGGUCACCAAGCUCAUGGCCCAGCUGCCCUUGCAGGCUGGCAAAACGAUCAGGACGGCCGUUGCCACCAUGUCCAAGGCUGCCGCCGACGGCGUCGCCAUCCACCAGAAGAUGAUCGAGGAAAACGGCGCCGAUAAUGUCAAGAAGACCUUCUUCACCACUCUUUUCAAGGAGCAGGAAAACGGCACAACUGUCUCGCCCAAGCAGCUAACCAGCGACGGCCAGGCCUUCAUCAUUGCCGGCAGCGACACGACGGCCAACACCCUCACAUAUCUGGUCUGGGUCCUGAGCAAGAAUCACACCCUGAGAGACGAAUUGGUCGCAGAGCUGCAGGCGCUCCCAUCCGACUACGCCGAUGCGGACCUGCGCAAAUGCGACCUCCUCAACCGCAUCAUCAAGGAGACGCUGCGCCUGCAUACCGUUGUACCCGAGGGGAUGCCGCGCAUGGUGCCCCCGAGUGGCGCCGAUCUAUGUGGCUUCCACCUCGAUUCCGGCACCGUGGUCAGCGCUCAGUCUUACACCAUGCACCGUGAUCCGGCCGUCUUUGGUAGCCCCGAAGAGUUUGAUCCGUCUCGCUGGAUUGAGCCCACCAAGGAGAUGGCCGAGUCCUUCAUGUCGUUUGGGCGUGGUUCUCGAGUUUGCAUCGGUCAGCAUCUCGCCCAGACGGAGCUUCGCAUGGGUACGGCACGCUUCUUUCUCACGUUCCCCAAUGCUCGCGUCUCCACUCGCGAGGGCAUGUCCGACGAAGACAUGAUUGAAUCUUCCUAUUUCAUCAUGUCGCCAAAAGGCCAUCGCUGCCUCAUUGAAGUCGACUAA